AGGGCCAUCCACUUGGCCCGAGCCGCUCCUCCGUCCGCGCGGACGGUACGGCCUCGCUACCUCAUGGCGUGGUUGCGAGGGCUACUUUUGUUGGAAGUUGUGCUUUUGAUUCCAGUGGUUGCCGACACACUGGGCUGCUUUCAUUAUGGUUUUGCUUUUACGAACCCGCUGAGCAACAUCACCGGGAACCCCUUCAACGUCGUUUCGGCGGAUGAGUGCCAGAUGCAGUGUAAGAAUACCAUUGGGUGUUCCAACUUUGGUUACUACCCGGUCAGUGGGGCUUGCUAUUUGGGCCACGGUGGGGUGCUCUAUGCCAUCCAAGGCGCCAUUGCAGGGCCCAAGGAGUGUCCAAGCCUGAACCCUGCGUGCACUGCGCUGCCGGAUCCCUCCUUUCCUGCAGAGACGCCCCCUCAGACCAUGGAGGCUUGGCCUGGUGGCGUGCAACCGACGCCUUUGCAGUGCUGGCCAAGAUGGUCAGAUGGGCUUCCAUCGCGCUGUCGCAAUCAAACUGCCAGCGUCCUUGAAGAUACAGAGGAUGGAUGGCCUGGUCAAUGCGACGGAAUGGUGAAGAUCGUGGAUCUAAGAGGUGGAGAGACGUGCCAGACACGGUGCAUGUUGACCCCUCUGUGCUCUGUUUGGGCCAUCGAAUCUUCUAGUGACGCCUAUGGUGCGGCCGUUUGCUGGCAUGGAAUGCUGGGACACAACUGUUCCCACAAUAGCAACGGCAUCAGGCCCAGCCGGGCACAACGACUGCAACAUGGAACAUAUAGAGUUUUGAUGCAGACAGUUGGUGUGCAAAUCCUGGGCCUCCACAACAGCUUCGGUGGGACCGUCUAUGGUGACUGGCAAGAAGGUGCUAAACACUGCAAGCUUGAAUGCAGGUCGUACCUCUUGUGCCAAUACUGGCAGUAUUCCAGAGUCUACGGGUGCUUCCUGGAAAUGCCGCAGAGGAGUGCGGUGGGCUAUCCCCUCACCACCACCGGUGUCUUCCGCUCGGUGAACCGGAACUCGGAGGCCGCACGGGACAUCGUGGCAGGUGAGAUGAUACAGCACAACUGCGUUGGAGAGAUGUCCGCCAUUCCAACGGCUGCACCAUCGGCUGGAGAAAGUCAACUAGUGGUUCCAGGCAUCAGUCCUGAAACUCAGCCGGCCACAGCAGGAUCGGCAUGGCCUUGGUGGAUCAACAUGGUGCUCUUUGCUGCAUUGUGCCUGUGCCUCUCAGUGAUCGGAGCUGCUGUUUGGAUGGGCCUGGAGGAACGAGCCAAGCGCCGUGCUCGUCACGGCGGCAAUUUGCGGCAAGCCUGGUCGACGCCAGGCCAUGGUCAGGAUCCCAAAUUGCACGGCUAUUCGCCGGCGGCACAACAUGGGCAAGAAGCGACUUCGAGCUUCAUGCAGAACAUCCACAUGCCCCAAAUGCCACACUUCCAGAUGCCAGGCUACGGAAGUCAGGGCCCGCCGCCGCCCAACAUGCACCGGGAAGCGCACCGGCAGACGCGCGGAGGCCGCUACUUCUAGAGGCCAUUGCGCUGUGCCGGCGCGUUUCACCCUCGGGCGAGCUGGCCGAAUUGCCCACGGCCAGGACUUGAGACAUGAGAGGGAACAAUUGGCAAUGAAAACACUCGCACUGACCAGCGGUUCUUUCCCCACCCCCCGGCAAUUCAAAAAAAGGACAAACCAUGGAGCCGUCUUGGAGAAGCUAGACUAGAC